AUGGAUGAAGAGGACCAAGAAGUGUCCUUUUACGGACCCAGCUGCACCACCCAAUUCUUCUACUGGCUAGAGGAAAUAACCAUGAACCAAGACGGCGACGAUCGGGACGUCAUCAUCAUCUUCCACAACCUCAAGGGCUACGACGGCAUGUUUCUCCUUGACUACUGUUACCAUCAUCACCGAGAAGUCACCAACCAGAUCACCCUCGGUACCAAAAUCCUCUCCUUCAAGACGGAUCGCCUCACCUUCAAGGACUCGCUCUGCUUUCUUCCCAUGCCGCUGGCCAACUUUCCCGCCACCUUCGGCAUCCAAGAAUUGACCAAGGGUUUCUUCCCUCAUCUCUUCGACACCCUACAAAACCAAGAGUACCGGGGACCCAUGCCUCCAGCCUCCAGCUACGAUCCUGACGGUAUGUCCACCAAGAAAAAAUCCGAAUUCAAGCGCUGGUAUGCCGACAAGGUCCACAAUAACUACACCUUCCAUCUGAAAAGGGACAUGGAGGCUUACCGCAUCAGCGACGUCAAGCUCCUCAAAGCGUGCUGCCAGAAAUUCCGACAGCAAUUCAAGUAAAAGGCCGGCUUUGACCACAUGGAAA